CAUCAUCAUCGCGCCGCCGCUGCUGUCACCUGCAGUGCUCCUUUUACUCCAAAGGUGCCUUCGAUGCGUGCGCGCGCGCGGGCGUUACGUCACGUCUUCUCGUGACGACAUCGCGCAGCACGCUGACGCCCCAUCGCUGGUUACCAAAGCAACCAGGAACUAACAAAAGGAGGCGAUAUGGCUGAGGUCGAGGACACCCUGAAGAGGAUUCAGUCCAUUAAUGGUGUUAUUGGCACAAUCGUCGUUAACGCAGAAGGCAUUCCCAUCAGAAGCACUCUAGACAACUCAACAAGCGUGCAGUACGCAGGACUGCUGCAUCAGCUGACCAUGAAAGCCCGGGGUACAGUCAGAGACAUCGACCCCCAGAACGACCUGAGCUUCCUGCGCAUCAGGUCCAAGAAACACGAGAUCAUGGUGUCGACAGGAGGACUGUGAUGAGUUUAGAUCUGACAGCUGCUCUGAGAACAGGGGUGAAAUAUGCUUCCGAAAUGAUCCAGUGAAACUCUUUCCUUCCCAACAAGAAUGACAGGAUAACACAAACGCAGCAUCCUCAAAGCCAAGCAGACGAUGCAGUGCUUCUCUCAAGAGAUCAGAGUCAGCAGCUGAAGCUGGAUUUGACCUGUAGUUUAGUCAUCACAAGCAGUGGCCAUCAGGCUAAUCACUUUAUUACACCUAUAGAGUACGUGAAGCAGCUCGUAUGCUGGAGCUCUGUCUGACAGCUGUCAUGUCGAUAUCGUCAGGGUCUGUCUAGCAGCUGUCAUGUUUACUCCAGCACCUCAGUCUGAUGCUCACUGAACACUCACUCGUGGACCAUAUGGACCCGCAGAAGAAGAAGAAGAAGAAGAAGUCCUUCACACACUUUAUGUGCUUUCAUACUGUGUCAUAUCAGGUUGAUUCUCUAAUGACUCGUGUUUACAGUGUCAUGUUGAAUAUUGUGCUGAAUGUUUCAUGUUUUUUUUCUUGUCCAGUGUUAUCCUAUGUUGUUGUAUCACUGUGAUCUUUGGCCUGGUUUGAUGUCAUAAUUCACUUCAAAAUCUGAAGAAGAAAAAAAAAAUUAUAUUAUGCCUACAGAAAGUUAAGCUUAUUUCUACACCAUUACGUUUUUUUUUCUUAAUUUAUUUAUUUAUUUUUACAAUGUGCCAUUAUUUUCAUGAGAAUUUAAACUAAAAUGAAGCAUUUUAAUAUGUAAUAUAAUAUGAUAUAACAAAAAACAACAGAACAGAAUAGAAUGAUAAAUAGGAAAUUGUCAUCAUUAAAGCAAAAAUGUAAAUUAUUUAAAAAGUAAAAUUAUUUAAUAUUCUGAAUAUCUGAACUGUCAAGUAACAAUAAUAAUAAUAAUAAUAAAAAUAAUUAAAAACACAUGAUAAUCGGACAAGAAUCAUCACUAAGAAUUCACUAGGAAUUCAGUUCAUCUUUCACCUCUUAAUCUAAAGAAAAAAUUAAAAUUUAAACUAUAAUAUAAUAUAAUAGAAAAAACACAGAAGAAAUAUGUUUUGCUUUUUUUUUUCUUAAGAAAUGUUUUAAAUUUUAAAUAAAAAAUAUUGCAUGUUUACAUUUAAUUUAUGAUAAAAUGUAUUGUGUUAAUACAAUAUAAAUUAAUAUAAUAUAAUCUUGAUGCUGUAACUGUCAAACACAAUGAUAAACGAAUCGAAUGAAGUGUCUCUGAC